AGCAAAUGUAAUCCUUGCGUGUGCACUUCUUUAAUGGCCCUUUGCUGCAUUCAUAUUCAUAUAGAUGCAUCUAAUCUAAUAACUCUCCAAACAAACAGCAUGUGUACCAAAAAUGGUGGUGGCAUUCCAUUAAACCACAUAUUAUAUACUACACUGCAUAUGUCUUAUAUCUACACGCACAUGAACACACACACUCGCUAACCGACUCCAUCCCAUCAAAAUCUUGAAAAAUAACCCUAAUUUUCAAGAAAUUAACCUCUUCAAUGGGUCAUCAAUGGCUAAGCUUCGUUGGUACAAUUUGGCUUCAAUCCAUUAGUGCAACAAACUCAAACUUCCCAUCUUAUUCUUCCCAGCUGAAGCAGCUUCUUUCACUCUCUCAGCUUCAGCUCAACAAUUUAGCUUUCGCUUCAGAUUCUGGAAAACUCUUCGGUUUUUUAUCAGGCGUGGCAGCAGAUCAUCUCCCUCUUUGGCUUGUUCUUUUAAUCGGUUCUUCACUUGGGUUCAUAGGCUAUGGCGUUCAGUAUCUUUUCCUUGUAACAAAUAAAGUCUCCUCCCUUCCCUACAGUCUUUUGUUUCUACUAACAGUUUUGGCUGGGAACAGCAUUUGUUGGAUCAACACCGUUUGUUACAUGAUUGCAAUACAGAAUUUCCCACUCGAUCGACAACUUGCAGUUGGUUUAUCAACUAGUUAUCAAGGAUUGAGUGCAAAGAUUUAUUCAGCCGUAGUUGAUGUGGUGUUCAAGUCAUCAUCUUUAACGUCAAUACAAACAACAACAUCAUAUCUUUUGUUGAAUAGUAUUCUACCCCUCGUGGUUUGUUUGAUCACUUCACCAUUUGUUACAGUGGUUACCACUGCGAGAUCGAAGAGAUUAUCACGUGGGUUUCUUGUGAUCUUUGCAAUCACCAUAUUUACAGGAACUUAUGCAGUGAUCACCAGUUUAGAAUCAAGGAAAAGACUCAUGUUUACUCCGUUGGUAAUUUUAGUUGGUAUGAGUGUGUUCUUGUUGGCACCUUUAGUGGUUCCAUUAGUGGAGAAAUUGAGAGAGAAAAUGGAGCAUAAAUGCUUGAUCAGAAGCUACGGGAAGAAGGUAUGCGAUGAGAGUAGCAUGGAGGAAAACGGAUUAGGGGUGGUGAAUGAACACUGUGUGAAAGAUGAAGGGGUGGUGAUGUGUGAUGGUGAAGAGAUGGAGGCUAAAGUAAUGAGUCAAGAGGGAAUUCAAACACUUCUUCUUUGGUUUCAUUGGCUUCGUCUUUUGGUUUCUUUGGUAGACUCUUUCCUUGCCUCCUCGACUACCAUCUCUCAAGGGCCAAAUACAAGAUUUCAAGGCCAGCUUUAA